CAAUUGGUUGCUAUUUGCACAUCAGCGGCCGCGUGAAUAAAUAUAGAUAUAGAUGGCGGUGUUGAGUGAGCGUUUGCGGAUCACACGACUGAUUCAAUAACAAGGAUGUGAUCGUACGCACAUGCGCUUGGCUCUUGUGCUGUGUAUGUAUAUUUCCGUCGUUGCUUAUACCAUGGAGCUCCAUGCUUAUAUAAGCCUUUUGAAUUGCAGUCAAGGCAUUUGAUGUGGUGCAAGCACGAUAAGUACUCAUCGUACGAACCUAUUGCUAGAUCUACGACCAGACAAAAUAAAAUGGACUUUAACACUUGAACGCCAGACUGGUCCAUACCGCCGUAAUACCAUGGAGCUAUACCCUCAACACGCCUGGUCUUACAGAUCGCAGCGACAUUCAUCAGAACGGAGGAGGCACGUCUCGUCAUCACGGACCAGCGUCAAUGUGACCUACUCUUCCAUAUCUCGGUGGGCUGUACUGCGAUGCAAACGUACGGUGUUAUCAUCAUACCGCACUAUUCUUUUAGUAUCUGUACUAGCACCAAUGACUGUAGCCUUACUUCUGUUGAGGCCCUCCGCUUACGCUCUCCAGGAUGAACUGGGACACAUAUUAACUGUACAGGGUAUUCAAGACAACGCCUACAUUUCGACAACAAACAGCAGUUGGAGAUUUCUCACACCCGUGACUGCUUUACAACCGAACGGAAGCAGCGUGAAUGCAACGCAACAAACCGUCAAAGUAACGCCAAACACCAACAGUAGUUUUGCACAGAAGUACGCCAACCACUACUGUGAGAACGACACGGAUUUUCUCUUUGACCUGCACGACAUCAUGGAUCGGAAAUGGAGGAAAAAUGUAACCAACUUGGAGGAAUUUAGAAAUGAUCUACGGGCUGCUUUGGGAGACAAAGCCAGCUUGAAUAACUUUAUUCUCACAAGACAAAACACUAAGGCCGGAGCCAGGAUCAACUUUGUAUAUAAUGGCGGUUCUGUGAAGGUAUCCAGCGUCUUCUGGAAGUCGCUAGCCAGUGAAAAAUUGUAUAGAUCGGGAUUAUACAACAGGUGCAGCGUAGUCGGUUCCAGCGGCAUUCUAAAUGGUUCUGGGUGCGGGCAUAAUAUAGACACAGCUGACUUUGUUUUCAGAUUCAACUUAGCUGACGUCAACGACUACGCAGUAGAUGUGGGAUCUAAAAUAAACUUCACAACCCUUAAUCCUUCCAUACUAUAUGCAAAGUUGAAUGCACUGAAGAAGAAAGCGGAUCGCGAAACGUUUGCAGACAUGUUGAAGCAGUUCCGGGGCAGUCACCUGUGGCUACCAGCGUUCGCGUUCAGGUGGAAGUACCAAGUGCUAGUCAAGGCUGCCGAUGUUGCCCGGUCUUCCAAAUACGUCCAGCCCAUCUACGGUCAUCCUCAACAUUACGACACCGUGGCCAAGCUUUGGAAGGACACGUUGAAUGGCACGGAAAGGACGACCACGGGCUUCCACGUAAUCUCCUCCAUCUUUGACCUGUGCGAUCAGAUUGACGUCUACGGUUUCUGGCCUUUCAAAACGUCGCUGGAGGGCGCUGCUGUCCCGUACCACUACCACGAUAAAAUCAACGCCACCAGCGCUCACAGCUUCAGCAAAGAGUUCAAAGCAUUGGUGGCGCUACAUGAUCGCGGUAUUAUCCAGUUGCAUGUAGGUUCCUGUCUUUGAAGAAACCUGCAUACAGCCAUGUGGUUGCGAAGGGCGAUUUCUAAAGGUUGCGUAACACUUUAUUUUGAAUGAAACUACAUGCACACAGACAUGCGUUUGCGGGUGAAAUCUUUGAAAAUUAAUUUCUCCCGUUUGGAAGACCGUAUCUUCAUGCAACUUUCAGGGUUUAUUGGCUUCCAUUUUAAUUUAACAUUUGAAUCAUACUGAUUAUAUUUUAUGUGUAACACAACGUUCAAAAGGCCAUGUUUUUUGGGGGUGCAUAAAUUUCACUGCUCUGUUAUAACAUCUAAGUAUGUAAUCGGAUUAGCUUUGCCCAUCAACGGCAGGCGCUUUGCCUUCGCAACCAUAUGGCAGUAUAGACUUUAGUCAUUAUUAACUAUUUUACUAUAUUAACUUACAUUGGUAAGCUAUUUUGG